AUGGUUUUAGCCGCGAAUCAAAGUAUCUUGUUAAAAGACGCUUUGGCGUUUGUACCCCAAUUCAACGGAGUCCCGGAAAAACUCAUCGAUUUUUCAAAAUGUUGUAAGGAAGCGAAAGACGUGUUACCCGCCGAAGCAGAAGCAAAUUUAUGUAAAUUAAUCUACGGAGUAAAAUUAGACGAUAAAGUAAAGGCAUCAUUAAGUCACACCAUCCCAGCAACAAUUUUAGAUUUGGGGAAGAACUUAAAAAAGAUUCAUGUAGCUUCAAAGACAGUUUUCCAACUACAAGGCGAAUUAGAACAAUUAUAUCAGGAAAAGGGUAAAUCAGUAGUGGAUUACGCGAAUAGAUAA